AGAUGCCAGGAAAAGACAAAGGGUGUUGCAGAAAGAGCCCUGGAUCCUGGGGGCAGGAGUCUCCAGGCCCUUUUGCUCCUAGGAAGGAAAAAGGAGGCCCUGCCCGGGCUCAUUUGGGACCUGGGCCAGCAGCUGGGAGACCUGAGCCUGGAGUCGGGGGGCCUGGACCAGGAGAGUGGGCGCAGCUCAGGAUUCUAUGAAGACCCCAAUUCCACAGGAGGCCCAGAUUCACCACCCUCGACGUUCUGUGGGGACAGUGGCUUCUCCGGAUCUGGCUCCUAUGGACGCCUGGGCCCCUCUGAGCCCCGGGGCAUCUAUGCCAGCGAGAGGCCCAAGUCCCUAGGAGACGCCAGUCCCUGCACUCCGGAGUUGGUGGGCGCUCGAGCGGCGGUGCCGCGUUCCUACUCCGCCCCGUACCCGACGGCAGCGGGCUCGGGGGCGGGGCGGCCGGGCAGGGGACCGGUGCGCUUCUCUCAGCCUCGCCACAGCCAUCCCAGCGGCGAGCAGCAACAGGUAGGAGGCUCUGGCUCUGUUUCUGGUGCGGACACCCGGUUCCAGGGCCGCCGUCGGUCUGCCCGGGAAUGA